AGUACCUGGCACACAUCCAAAAAAUAAUAUUGAUUUUGAAAUCAGAAAGCCAUCAAAAGUUUCGUUUAAACAGAUUUAAUAUGAGUUUAGAUAAGCACUUCUUUAUAAUUAAUGAUCAGCUAUUGAACGAUGCUUCUGCAACGAACGAUUCCUUGCAAAUUGUCGACCUUCGAAACCCGGCGACGGGAAAACCGACAAAAUAUAUGUUUCACAAUAAGGGUGACGAACUGUACGAAUUAAAUUGUUUUGCCGAGACUAAUCGGUCUUGGUUUAUCAAUGAAUCGGUAUGUUCCAAUGGGCGAAUCUAUCUACCCAGCCGGAUCGAUCCAUUGUUUUUAGUAAUUCCGUACCUGGAAAAGAAUUGCAGCAGUAAAGCGAUCCCACUGGAACAUGUGUUGAUCGAUGAUGACUUCCCUCACACCGAGAAGCUCGUUGACUGCGUAUGUAAAGGAAAUCAGCUGGCUUUGAUUGCCGACGAGAAGAAAGCGGGCAAUGUUCGUGCUUACAGGUACAACGAAGAGAAAACGUUGGAUUGGCUCCGAAGGAAAUGCAUCAUACUGGAAAAAGCCUUGGGAAAUGAAAGUAAAUCUGCUCGUUCGCUAAAUUUUAUCAAAGAGGAAAAGGAAAAUGACCGCCAGGAAGGAGAAAUGUUAUCAUACGCACAUGGAAUUAUUUCGGAUUAUCUUAGUUUAGCGCUAAGUAAAAAACUUGCUACUUUUAUCGGUUUUUCGGAGGAAAAAUCGACCAAUAAACGCAAAUCCACUGCUGAAGUAGACACGAAUCAGAUUAAAAAAAUUAAGAAGGAAGAGAGUAUCGAAACAACGCCGAUCAAAAGCGUAACAGCAGUUAAGAAAGUGAGCGCCAAGUCUAAGGCUCUGGCUAAAGCGGCAUCGGGAACAAAGGGUAUAGCUAGUUUUUUCAAGAAAUAAUUAUAUGUUGAAUUGUUUUAACGUAACUAAGCUAACUUAAAAAGUAAUCCAAUAUAUUGUGGCAAUACACUUGAUUGGUUUAAAA